GUUGGAUUAUGCGUAAUUGACUGUUUUAAAGCUUAUCAUACCUUAAAACACUUCUGAAAAUGGUUUUUGAUUGAAUAAACAUAUGUUUUCGCUAUUUUAAAAAACUUAACUUUUUCAAAAAAAAACCCGCCAACAAAGGGUUAAAUUAUAUUGAAAUGUGCUAAGAGCAAGCAAUGAUCGCUGCUGUUGAAGAAGCAAUUGGUGAAGCUGGUGGUACACGAGAGCUAACAGUUACUGGAGAUGGUUCAUCCGGUGGAAUGGAAAAAGAGAUGAUUCACGAAAUGUUUUGUCGUUCAUUAGCAAAAUAUGAUGUGAAAUAUAUUUCUUACGUUGGCGACGGAGAUGCCAAAGUAAACAAAUAUUUGAUCGGUAAUCCUACAUACUCUACUAUUGAUGUAAACAAACUUGAAGAUACUAAUCAUUUUACAAAACGAAUGUUAACCCGCAUAAUGAAAAUCAAAAGAGAAAAUAUUAAUAAGAUUUUAUGUGAUGGCAAGAGACUCAGUGGCAAAGGUCGUCUGACUGUUGGUCAAGCAAUCAAAUUUAAAAUAUAUUUUGCUAAAGCAAUUCGUGAAAAUAAGACUGAUAUAAAUAAAUUAUAUCGAGCUUCAUGGGCGAUAUUCAAUCAUCAUUACUCAACAAAUGAAGAACCAAUGCAUGAUUGGUGCGAUGCGAAAUGGUGUAAGUAUCUCCAAGCUAAAUCAGUUGAUCAAAACUUUGUAAAUUCCAAAACAUCUAUUCGAGGGGGUUAUCAGGCCAAUAGAUGUCACUAUUUCACUAAGUCUUUAAUUAGUUGUUUGGCGGUACAUUUAAAAUCGAUAUUAGCACCAUAUUUUUGA